AUGUCUUCUCAGGCAGAACCAAACGAUGAUAAAGUCACCUCCGACCCUGCAUUCUAUACGUCGACAGCAGAUUCAGACAGGAGCUUGAAAGCGCCAGCAGGAAAGCCUCGUUCGGUCAUAUUUGAUGAAAAGUUCGCCGAAAUCACCCGUCGCAACCGCGAAGAAGACAGAAUAUCAAACCUACCUGAGGAAGAACAGCCCACAGCUAGAGUUAUAGAGAGCGAGAGAAGAAGGAAGUGGGAAGCAGAGUACGCUUCUAAGAUGGCUGCCAUAGAAGAUGAAAGUGGAAAUACUAGUUCCACAACGACCAACACCAUAACUCCGGCCCCUGAAACUACCACCACACCCGACAUUGCAACCACCACCGCAAACAACACCAUAUCUACCACCAGCAUAGCUCAAAACACUCCUCCAAAACGGUCCCUAGCUCAAAAAUUCAAAUACCUCUUCAAGUCUAAGCAUGUCCAAGCCGCUCAAACACACUCGCAUCCAUAG